AAGAUAGUGUAUUAUCUAAAGUUAUUACAACGGUUUACGACGAAAAUAUGAAAUGCACUAUACAGCCAAUACAGGCAUAAAUCAUAAUGGUGUCAUAAAAUGUGUAGUGCCUACAAACGUUUGUAAAUACUAAAUAACAUAAAAUCUAUAAAUCAUAAUUCUAAAUUAAAUUACAGUGAAAUCUCUAACAAAUAUUUUAUUUAAAAAAUGAGAGUUAUUGUCAAUAUUAGUCAGUUAUAUAGCAGUGAUUAGUCAAUCGUCUGGAUUGAGACAAACUUCAUUUGCUCUUCAGUCGUCAAUAUUAUUUUAUUUUCCCUGCGUUUUCAUCAUGACCAAUACAUACUUACCUUAUUACAAGUUCUUCAAAGAUCCAUUGCUUAUUAAAGCUGAACUUAUUUAUGCCUUACAAGAAUCCAGAGAUAGAUGUUUGCAUCACAGUACAAAGUUUCUAUCAGAACUAAUGAUAACUUUAAAAAGUAUUCCACCAUAUUUUGAAUUUGAAAAUGAAAAUAAUGAAUUUAUACGUUUUGAGUUAGAACCAGCAUUCACAAAUUUAGAAGAUUAUUUGGUGUAUUUUAAAGCACGUGCAUAUUUUGAUCUUGAAGAUUAUCCCAGCUGUGCACACAUAGCAAAACAUACUAAUAACAGCAAAUCUAUGUUUUUGCAUUAUAUGGCCAGAUAUUUAAGCAUGCAUAAUGAAUGUAUAUAUGAACGAACUAACUUGUUUGAUUCGUUUAAACCAGUUAAUAUGCGAGCAUAUAUGGAACUAUUAGAUGAACUAUUAAUACUGAAUGUUUAUCGCAGUGAAGAUGAUUCUGAUGAAGAAUCUGAAGAAGAAUCACAAUCUCAAGAGACAUCUGAUAUUGACACAGUUAAUCAAAAACACUCUGUACAACAACUAGAAGAUGAUUCCACUCCUAAAGGAAGACGAUGCAGUAGGCGACCACGUAGUCUAAGAAUUGAAAAAGCUAGUUCAAAUACUUUAGGAAAAAAAAAUAAAAUUACUAAACGCAACAUCAUUACUAAAAAGGUCAAAGUUACAACAUUAGCCGCUCAAUCUGAAAAUAAUAUGUCUGCUGGUGAUUAUAAAGAGGCUCGAAUUAAACGAGAAGAUCCAUAUUUGUUAUGGCUUACAGCUGUCAUGUUAAAAAGAAUAGAUAGAUCUGAUGAAGCUAUAGAUUUAUUGGUCAGAUCAUUACAAAUUCAGCCAUGUUUCUGGGGGGCUUGGAUAGAGCUAGCCACACUUGUAAAGGACUUACAUAUGCUUGAUGCAUUGAACUUACGACUCAAUGAAAGUAAAGAAAAUCAUUGGAUGCAUCUUCUUUUUAUUGCACAUAUGUAUGUUGAUUUUCAAAUAACUGACCGAGCAGUAAAUAUAUACAAUGAUAUUUUGAAGCUGGGCCAUACUGUUUUUCAAGAUUGGACAUAUAUUCAAGCUCAAUUUGCUAUUGCACAUCAUAACAAGCGGGAAAUUGCACAUGCAAUAGUAUCAUUUAAAACUGUUAUGGAAAUGGAUCCAUUCAGGAUAGAUAAUUUAGAUCUAUUAUCAAAUCUUAUGUAUGUCUGUACCAGUACUGAUGAACUCGUAGUUUUAUCUAAAUAUGUAGCAUCUAUCGAUCGUUACCGUCAAGAAACUUUAUGUGUCCUUGGGAAUAUGUACAGUUUAAAAUGUGAUCACGCCAAAUCAGUUUUGUAUUUUAAAAAAGCUGUGAGAAUUAAUCCAUUUAAUGUAACUGCUUGGACUUUACUGGGACAUGAGUACAUUGAAAUGAAAAAUUCUUAUGCUGCCAUUAUCUCAUAUCGUCAAGCCUUAAAAAUAAAUAUAAGAGAUUACAGAGCUUGGUAUGGUCUAGGCCAAAUUUAUGAAUUAGUAAAGUUGCCAAAUUAUGCAUUGUUUUAUUUUACUCAUGCACGAGAUUUAAGGCCUAGAGAUUAUCGUAUGUUAGUUUCAUUAGGAGAAAUGUUUGAACGUGCUGAUCGUAUUUUUGAAUCAAUGGCUUGUUUAUAUAAAUCCUUAUUUUACGAUACUGAUGGAACAAUAUUGCUAAAACUUGCAAAAUUUUAUGAUAAAUAUGGUGAUACUGGUAAUGAAUUAGCUCGUGAACAUUUUAAUAUGAUGAAUAAAAGAGCUUUGAAAACUGGAAUCAAAAAUAGAACUACUAUUGAGUUAAACUUGAUAUUAAGCAAAAUAUAUUUAUACUUGGGACAUCAUUACAUGGAUUUACAUUGCUGCGACCGAGCUAUUUCUUUUGCUGAAAAAUGUCGUGAUUUGUGGAAGGAUACAGAGACAAAUAAUUGUCAAUCCUCUAUACUAAAUAAAGUGUUAGAACAUGUUGAUGCUUUAUUAGCUGAAAUUGAAAUUAGAGCAGGUUCAGAUUGCUCUCUCGCCUCAACAUCUAAUACCCUUAAAGCACGCAGAUUUCUGUUUGGCCUUUAAUAUUUGACUGUACAAAGUUCAAACAAAAUAUCAAAUGUAAGAUAAAACUUAUAUUGUUAAAUUAAAUAUUUUAAUA